UAUCGUUCUCUUAGAGUGAUUAGACGUAAUCCUCAGCCAUACUCUCGGCAGGGAUAUUGUGCAGUGUUCGUGGACUAUUGUGAACACAUUGGAGUGAAUCCGUUUGUGACAGACAAUCACACAAAGUUUUAACAAACAAAGAAAUCGUGCGGACAGGAGGAAUAACGUUGUUUGCCGUAGCAAGAGUAUGCGAACAGAAGAGAGGAACAUGUGCCCGAUUCGUAUUGCUGUCCUAGGAACCAGUCAGGUGGGCAAGUCUGCCCUGACUGUUCGGUACCUCACCAAGAGGUUCAUCGGAGAAUAUCGGUCUGAUACAGAUAUGCUGUACAAGUGCGUCCUGCAGGUGGACGGAACGCCGCAGCCAGUGGAGAUCAUGGACACCUCCGCCAGCUGCGACGAGUCCUCUGAUGCUCACCUGCAGUGGGCCGAGGCCUUCGUUGUUGUUUACUCCGUCACAGACAAGGAAUCCUUCAGAUGGGCUGCCAGCACAGUUCAGGAACUGUCAGAACGGCGAGCAUCGUCAUGUGUUUUGAUGCUGGGAAACAAGAGCGACUUGCAUCAUCUCCGCGAGGUGGAAGAAGUGGAAGCUAAGUCCAUCUCGCUCAGUCACGGCGCACGGUUCGUCGAAGUUUCGACGGCGGAGAGCUGCAUUCCUCUCACGGGAGUCCUAGACCACUUCCUGAAGGAGGUCAAGAUGCAGCGCACCAUCGCCAGUGGCAAUAACAUCAACAGCGGGUCUCCCAAGCAGAGGAAGCUCUCGGUCACGCGGAUGCUCGGGUCGCUCAUCGGCCGCCACUCCCCGCCCCCCCAGCCCAUAACCGAGCUCAUCAUCCUGGACAAGGAGGAGCGCAGCAAGCUGGUCAGGUGCAGCCGGCAAAUAUGAGUGUGAACCAUUUACUGUUCCAGCUUAUGGCAACAUGUUUUAGUGCUGCGCAUAAACAUUACAUAAUCCAAAGAAUUAUCGUGAUCUUCAGUCAUUCUGAAAAUUCCAACUCAGAGUGAACGAACAUGAAUAUAACCUAUUUAUUGUUCAGUGUACCUUUGCGGUUUGAUGUGAUAUUUAGCGUUAUUGUGUAAAGCAGCAAGUGAGAAGCUUUAGAUACGUAAAGUCGGGGAUGUCCACAUAUUAAAAGAGGAAAGCGAACUUCGCAGAGUAAGUGAAGCCAUGCCAUAGGAUACCAACGGAGCCGCAGUGAUCCUGGCGAGUGGAAGGAAUGAAAGAAAGAUCGCGAUCUCGUUUAAUCGCUGGCUCGUACAAGGGAAUGGAGAAGAAAAUACGAUGUCCACCUUCGCUCGCAUCGUGGAUCUUCCGAUGAAAAGGGCCGAACAAGAGCACGUGAACUGGCGUGCGCACGAGAAGAAGCAUAAUCAAGGGGCUCCAGAAUGGCCGAGGAAUGCGGACGCUGAGGACUUGCGGGAGUGUGUGACGUCAUCCGCAGAGUGGGAGCGUGACUGUACUUGUACGUGCUUCCUGCUUCUGUUGCAGCUCUUUGUACAAUGAUGUACUUAAUCUGUGAUAUUAGUAAUAAUGUGCUUUAAGCUAUAUGUAUUUUUAUAAUUUAUUUCCUUCAAUACAAUAUAAAUAUUUA